GGGUGUUUUUUUUUUCCAUCAAAAUGGCGUCCAUGACAACAGCCACAUCUGAGUGGAUCCAGUUCUUCAGAGAUGCAGGAAUCCCACCGGGUAUGGCUGCCACAUACGCUGUGUCCUUUGUAGACAACAGAAUUCAGAAGACCAUGCUGAUGGAUCUCAGUAAGGACAUCAUGAUGGACUUGGGUAUCACGGUCAUUGGGGACAUCAUUGCCAUUCUCAAACACGCCAAGCACGUCUACAGACAGGAUAUGUGCAAAAUGGCCACUGAAGCCAUUUCCUCUGGCCAGACGAGCGUUCAGGCUGAGCUGAGGCGCGCUGCCAAUACCCCCGCCACACGCAUGAUCGCCAAUGCUUUGAGUCGAGACUCCCCGCCAAGCACGCCCGUGCGUCGCCCUGACAACCGUCUCUCGGUGACCAUCUCCAACAAGAGCUCCAAAAUGGUUGCCAGUCAGCCUUCAGCAGAGGUGAACGGAUUGGCAGUAAAACGUCGGCGGGUGACUUCAGAGAUAGAGGGGAAGUACAUCAUCAGUAUGCCAAAGGGCACCACCGCCCGAAGCCGACGCAUUCUGGCCCAGCAGGCUAAGAAAGCCAAGAGUUUGAAACGCACUUCUGUGUUUGAGAGGCUGGGUUCAGAGUCUAAGAUGGACACAGUAAUGGCUAAUAAGCAGGUAACGGGUGUCUUCAGCCGUCUGGGCAAAGUGGACAAAGAUGAUGAUGAUGAUGAUGAUGAUGCAGAGAUGGAUAUAGCAGACAGCGCUGCUGCCAACGAGGACAGCGAUGGCGAAGGCUCUGUGCUUCAGUAUGCCGGCGUCCUUAAACGGCCCAUACUGCCUUCGAAAAAAGAGCUUGCCCGCCAAAAAGCUAAACCUAUCACUCUGUAUCGCCUCAACAAAUCUAAACUCCCAUUAUCAGAGAGCACUCCUUCCUCUGUUCCCUCCUCCACCUCUUCCAGCCAGGAGGGGGCUCCCAAACGGAGAAUACUGCGGAGGUUGGGUAAACCUCCCACAGCCAGCCCUGCCCCUGCCCCUGCUCCUGCAUCCUCUUCUGUCUUACAAUCUAGCCAAUCAACAGAGACUCAGGAUAGUCAGGUGACGAGCAGUAGGAGCAAGGCAAGCUUUACGUUAGCCAGCCCCAAAGUGAGCAGCAGCACAGGGACGGGCAGGGACUCACACGGGGCUCAAAUGGACGCUACCACAGUUAGCGUGUUCAAAAGACUCGGGGCCAAGAGGAUCUAACGCGCACACUCCUUUCUUUUGGGUUCCUUAUCUCUAAAGUGUCCCACAUUCAGGGUUUAGGAUUUAAAAAGUAGUAGACUACAUGUUCUCUUGGUGCAUAUAGGAAUAAUCACAUGCACCAUUAGCAUUUUACAAACUCUUCCUUUACCUCUGAAUUCCCUCCACUUUAAGAAAGUCCCUUCAUAUUUUUUGCGGUGGGGGUUUCUAUGGCAGAUUUGUACAGCAAGGCAGUUGGGUGUGUGCUGAUAUCCUUGGAACACGUUUUGCAAUAUUACAAUGUCGUAUUUAACAAAUUUUUACCUGCUUUUUUACACAUUGGCCAGCAGUUUACCUGAAAAUUCAGACAGGAAACAUGCUUGAACCUUUACAAUUCUCAAAAAUAAGGUACUUGGGAAGGCGUUUGUUUUUUAUGCUGCUGGAUUAGUGUGUGCAUGUGUUUUGAACAUCACCGAUUCACGCACUUCACGUCAACAUGUCUCGCUUGAAGUACUGUAAACGAGAACAGUGUCCUCUCAUCUCCACUUAACUGUCCACCAGACUUCCCUUUUCAUACCGUGUAGCCAUUAAAAGACUUGUAAAGUGAUAUAAAAGACAUGCACACUGUAUGGUAUCCUCCAGGCUCUGUCAAAAUACCCCUGACCUCAGCUGUAACUUUAAAGCACCCAGUUUUCCUUCUUCUGAGUCAAGCCAUGUUAAGUGUUAUCGAGAUGUAAUGAGUGAGCAAGGUGUCAUCUCCCCCUGCUGGGAAAUAGGAUAAUGUUGCUAGGCAACGCACAUGGCGAUGGACCCUAGAGUAGUGUUGUUUUUCAGCCCCGUUCAUGGCCAGCGUGUUAAAAAAAUAUUUUUAAAGACGGUAACUCAUGGGUAUGAAUUACACCAGCAGGUGCUGACCACACUAUUGUCCCAGGUAUAUGAAGUUUAUUUAUCUGGCCCCUGACACUGAGUCUCCCAAUUUUUUUUUUAAUAUAAUUAUUUUGUUUAUUUUAAUUUGUCUUUAAAGUAGACCUUUGUUACACUGUACAGGUUUAAAGGGGGGGGAGGAGAUGAUGGUUUAUUUUAUAAAAUGGUUGUAUUUGCAAUUGAUUGACCAUAAAAUGAGAAAGCAAGGGAAAAAAAAGCACUGUCUUACUCCCUUUCUUUGAGUCUCUCUUACUUUUAAUGGAGUUGAAUUUUUAAAAUAGGCCUGGUGGAUCUCUAUAUCUGCUGUCAGGGACCAUGUGAACUAUUAAUAUAGACCUGUGAUGUACCUUUAAGCUGGAAGGGCUGUUGUUAUAGAAAAUGCAAUCAAAGCCAAGAACGUAAUGCCACCGUUUUAUACAUCUAUAUAACAGCUGGCUAGAAUAUACAGUUUGGCCAAACAUUUGUGGACAAAUAACCAUCACCCUUGGAUGUGCUUUUUGAGCAUCCCAUUACAGACUUAAUCCUCCCUUUGCUGUUAUAAUAACCUCCUCUUUCCUUGGAAGGCUUUCUACUGCUCUGAUUGUGAGGAUUUGCACAUUUAGCCACAAGAGUAUUCGUAAGGUUGGGCGGGGAGGCCUGGGGUGCAGUUAGUAUUCCAGUUCAUCCCAGAAGUGUUCAGUGGGGUUGAUCUGUGGAUCUGUGCAGGUCACUUGAGUUCUUGCACUUCUUGGCAAACCAUGUCUUUAUGGAGCUUGCUUUGUGCACAGGGGCAUUGUCAAGUAUUGGGCAUAGCCAGUACAACAACUUGGAAUGUCCUGAAAAAGUAGGAAACUACUGGUGUACAAACAACCAGACAUCAAAUGGGUCAGCUAAUGCCCAGGUCAGACAGCAGGCUGCAACUAGUUUUCAACUACUUGCGUCGACCUGCGAUAAUAAAAUCGCAGGUAGACGCAAGACCGGUCUUGCAUCGACGCGCGACGACGCAAGUAAUGGCAGAGGCAGGUUGACACAAGUGGAUCACAGUCUGUUCACAUUUCAACUGCGAUUCGCUUCCAGUCGGUGCAAAUAGCAGGUUGACGCAUGUAGAGGCAGGUAGUCGUGCAAUGCUUGAGUGACCAAUCGUAGGCUGACGCAGGGGAAGACAAGUCUUUAGAGAUGGCUGCGAUGCAUUGCAGGUAGAUGCAGACUGCACCUGCAAAUAGUUUACAGCAACCUGCAAGCAGUCUUAUGGCCUUAUUUUUUUUUAAAAGUUUUCUUUGCACAGUGUCAACCUGCGUCUGCUUCCGACUGGUUGUGUCCUGUCAUAACAGCUUAAAAACUCUGCGUCUGACCACAACGAAGGAUUUGACGCAAAACGCCUGCAUCCACCUGCAAUCGUUCGCCACCCAACUGAUCACAGGUCGCAGCAUGCAUCUUUCUGCCGUCUGACCUGGGCACAAGCAGAGCUGUGAAGAAAAGCAGAAAUAUAGAGGCCAUACCACAAGAUGCAAAGCAGUCCUCGGUAGUAAGAAUCAGAAGGCCAGAUUGGAAUUCUUUAAGAAAGACACAGAUGAGCCAUAGAGGUUCUGGAACCAAGAUUAACCACUGCCAAAUUGUGGAGAAGGAAAGGAGCGGCAGGCCAAGUAUGGUUGAUGGUCAGGCACACAGGUAGUGUUAUGACUUUGGCUUGCAUGGUUGUUUCUGGAACGAUGGGAUGAUGGCAGAAUGAAUUCCGUACACACAAGACAUUUCGUCUGCCAAUUUACAGAGAAAUGCAUCCAGUCUAAUAGCCCCCAAGCAUAACUACGUCAUCACUUAUUUACUGCAAUGCAUUGUGGGGGAUAGCCGGGGUCAGUAGUUGAGCGAUAUGACGGAUGCCAGAUUCAUUUUACAUGAGAGCGAUGUGAGAGGAGCGAUUUUUGCCAUGCUCUGUCGUGGAAGACAAUGAAAUUGAUUUAAAGAGGUGGAUAACAUGUCGAGGGUUUACAGCAGAAAAUCGGAAUUCAAAUCAAGCUUGGUGAGAAGGUAUGAGUCUAGACCGAGUCUACCACACUGUACAACAACAACAUCAAAUCUCAGAAUGUCUUAUUUCUCAGGACAUAUAUUGGAUCACGAAGCAAUCUGUUUCUUUUAAUCUUCAGUUAUUCCUGACCAUUUUCUAAGAAGCUUUGUUCUAAUGAAAUCUUCACCUUGUACUUAAUCGUGAUCCAGCACAAUGAAAGUUACAGAUGCAGUAAGGGAAACUAUUAUGAAAUAUCAACUGUUGACUUAAGUCUAAGAUUGCUUCGUGAUCCCGGGCCCAGAUAAACAGCAUCAAAACAUUGAUAUGAGUGAUUAUUUAAAUAAAAGUUGAUAUCAGGAAACAUUACCCAAAAAAAAUAACCUUUGGAAACCCGUUGAUCUGCCGUGUCAUGUUCAGUAUAAAUGCAUUUUCUUCAAUAAAUGCAGCUAGUGAGGUACACUGAACAUUAUACAUACCCGAAAGAGAACCCUUCGUGGUUUGGGAGUUUUAUUGGUCUGACAGGCUCAUUCAACUGCCGAGUGCUUCAGCACAUUGAGAGGCAAAGGCCAAAGAGUGCUUCUUUGUUUUACAGGCUUUGGAAUAUCGCUAGUUUCAGAUGAUGAACAGUGUUGAUUGUUAUAAUCUUCUAUAACCAAAGGCCAUUCUCCAGACCAUGGAAAUAUCGCCGGGUCACAGUUUAAGUAUGUCUUUUUUUUUCCCCAUCAGAGAAAUAUAAGCUACAAACACUUGUCCAUUUCAAUUCAGUACGAAUGUUUUCGUUGCGGAUUAAACUUAUCCAUUUCUUUCUUCUCUUCUUCUCAACUGGCAGCUGAUGAAAGCUCAAAUUAGGAGUUCUCUUUGUUGUGGAGACACAGUAAGACACACAACAAUUCACUUUAGGCAGCAUGGUUAAAACCAGUUAGACAGAACAAUGCAGCGUUUAACAAAGGUGAAAGUAAAUACUACAGAGCUGACCCCAGGUAUCGCCCAUAAUGCAUUGCGGUAAACAAGCAACGAUGUAGUUAUGGGUUAGGGUCAUUGGGAGGAACUUCAUGCUGCAAGACAAUGAACCAAAACACACCUCCAACACAACAAAGGACUUCAGGGGAAAAAGUGCAAGGUUGUAGACUGACCAGGUUAAUCACCAGACCUAACGUGACUGAAGAGAAGACUGUAAGGAGAACCCCCCCCCCAAAAAAAAAACAAACAAACAAACAAAUGAAAGAAACUACAGUACAAGAAUGUAACAGUCUGGUGAUGUCAGUGGGUCUCCAGCUUGAUGCAGUUAUUCCAAGCAAGGGAUAUGCAACCUAAUGUUAAACGUUAUUUACUUUAAAACCAGCAACCAUAAGUUUUUUAACACAUCUAGAUAUAAAUAUCAGGAAAUAAAAACUGAAAAUUUGAUCUAUUAUAUCUUUCAUCUUUUGAUCUCAAACCCAGAUGUCUUCACUGUACAGCAAAAACAAAAGAAUCGGGUUUGCCAUUUCAGAGGGGACCGUCUGGGUGUGGUGGUCAGGUGUCCACAUACUUUUGGCCAUACGCUGUAUCUCAGACCUGCUUUGAUCAACUGGAUUUACAGGAUAUUUUAAAGAUGGUAAUUUCAUGGAGAGAAUAUUUUAUUUGGAAUUAAUUCUGAUACUCAAGACAAAAUGAUGGUUUACACAGGAUUUAUAUUUAUAUUAUAUUAUUGAUAUUCUAUAUUGAUAAUCCAUAUAAUCUCCAUUCAGAGGGGUUGCUUUGAUGAUAGAAAAAGUCAUUUAUGAAAGCUGUUUCAGUUUUGGUUACUGUUGCUUGUGACAACUCCAGUCUCAUGGGGGUCCCGUGUAUAUGAUUAUGCCAAACAUACGAACUGAAUAACAACCUUCUGAGUGUGUGCAGUCCAAACAUUCUUCCCACAGUCACCAGUUAUAUUUUAUAACAUUGAAUUUUAAUAACAUUCAGCAUCUAAUAUUUGAGUAUAUUUAUUUAUCGUGCAUGGCAGUACUAUGAUUGUCAAAAUAGAUGAUAUCACCAAAACAGACCACAACACUUCUUUCCCCUCCAAGUGUGACAAAGCCCUUGAAAUGUUGAUCCCUAACCUAAAGUUCAUUCUUGGCCCCUUGCUACCAUUCAGUACCAUUGCUACCUUAGAAAUUUUUUAAUUUAUUUCUUUUUAUUAAAGCAUCCACAUUAAGAA